AGGGGGCAGACAUGCAUAAACACAAUUGUUUCAAAAUAUCUCACUAGAAACGAAGUCAUCGGGGUGCGAGAUGCUGCAGUUGUUGGGGCAAUGGCGUCUUACAUGCUUAAACAAGUAAGCUGCGGCGAGACUAGUGAUGGAGUAAAAUGAUCAUCCGUUUAUUCUGUCAUUUUGAGAUCAAAUCCAUCUUCUCGGGAGGAAACGCUUGUAUAUAGGAAAGCUAACGUGAGUAGCUUGACCACUUGUGCUGAGUUUUUGUGAUGCACAGGAUACUGACAGCUCAAAUCGCUACGCAAACAAUAACAAUAAUUCGAUGUCUACAGAUCUUAGCUAGCUUGUUAUCUUUCUGGCUGUUCUGUUAACGUUAUCGUGUUUGCUGCAUAUGUGCUUCGUCUAUGGAAGCCAAAAGCAUCGCGAACGCUCUACCGAAUGGGGGGAGUUUGUGUAUGACAGCGUAUACUAGCUCUCAUGUCUUGGUUACUUAGGUAGCUAGAUGCCUAAGAACUAGGAUGAUUUAUUAACGUUACAGAAAUGAAAUAAAAAUGCGCCGGCUAGUUUAACAAGGCAACAUGUGCCGUUUCGUUCAGCAAUCCACAUUGUUGAUUAGCGAGGGUAAUAUCAAAUCAGCUUGAUAGAUAAAUCAAAGAUAAUAAAAUAACACCCUGUCCGAACAUAUAUUGUUUGCUGGCGUUAGCUGAGGAAGAUACCAGCUAACUAUUAUUAUUAAUUGCUAGACUAACUCUUUAUCUAUUAAUUUUGGCAGUUGGCUUACAUUACAAGCUGCCAGUUUAGCUUGCAGGAAAAUGAGCCAACAUGGGUUGCUAGCUAGUGGUAGUUAGCGAGUUAAGCCCAUUUUAUUCGCUAUUUCCACCUUUGCCGCAUUGUUUGAUGACAGCACGGGAAACGAAGCUACAUCGACUAACUCGAUAUAAUCCAAAUAUCUAGACCAAAAUAAAUACGUAUCAUGACAACGAUGAUGGAACCUCAGAAAGAUGUCCCGGAGGAGGAUACAUCGCCUUCCCUCCCAACCUUGUCCAGAGAGCGUCACCCGCUGCAGAAGAGUAGUGUUUGUUCUCGCUCUUACUUCAUGGUUGUUAUGGUUUUUUUCCAUGUUUACAUAAUUAACGUAAUCGCCCUACUGCUGUAUGUGCACUACAACAACGGUCCGGGAGCCACAACCAGCACAAGGAGCGGGAGCAGCAAUCACCAUUCACAUCCAUCCCCCAUUUCUCCGUUUCCAGACCCCGGAUACAGCCGGACUCUGCACCUUCCGCGGAUUGAGGGAAUAAGGGUUGGACACAUCCAAAAAGUGUCUCUGGUGCCGAACAAAGUCCAUGAGAUGCGGACUCUGAGCUUGAAGCCUCUGCUUUUUGAGAUCCCAGGCUUCCUAUCAGAAGAGGAGUGCAGUGUGGUGGUGCAGCUGGCUCAGCUGAAGGGCCUGACGGAGAGCCAGGUAAUGGUGCCUGAGGACCAGGAGGAGUUGACCAAGCAGCUGGACCUCAGUCCAGAGGAAAUCUUCAACCUGUUGGACCUCAACCAAGAUGGUCAACUGCAGCUACAAGAGAUUCUGACCCAUUCACGUGUGCGGGACGGGAUCUGGCUUACUCCAGAGAGCCUGAGAGAGAUAUACGCAGGGCUCCAGGCAGACCCAGAUGGCGAUGGCUUCCUUAGCCUGGAGGAGUUUAAACGGCUGAGCAGUAAUGCUUUCCAGCGGUUUCUGCAGCAGCGUGGGGUGAAGAAGAGCCAGCUGGUGAGGAACAGCAGGCACACAUGGCUGUACCAGGGCGAGGGGGCACACCACGUUCUGCAGACACUCAGGAAGAGGGUCACGCGUCUGACCCGAUUGCCGUCCUCCAUAGUGGACCUGAGUGAGCCCCUGCAGGUGGUGCGCUACGAACAGGGGGGUCAUUACCAUGCCCACCAUGACAGUGGCCCGGUGUAUCCCGAAACUGCCUGCACCCACACCCGUCUGGCAGCCAACCACUCAACCCCCUUUGAGACCUCCUGUCGGUACAUCACAGUGCUGUUCUACCUGAAUUCUGUGGAGGGGGGCGGAGAAACCACCUUUCCUGUGGCUGACAACAGGACAUAUGAGGAAGUGUCUCUGAUCCAGAAUGAUGUGGACCUUCUGGACACACGAAAACACUGUGACAAGGGCAACCUGAGGGUGCAGCCGGCCAAGGGCACAGCGGUCUUCUGGUACAACUACCUGUCUGACGGCAAAGGUUGGGUUGGUGAGCAGGAUGAGUACUCCCUGCAUGGUGGCUGUGUGGUCACCCGUGGCACCAAGUGGAUCGCCAACAACUGGAUCAACGUGGACCCGGACUACCAGCGCCAGGUUCGGUACCAGCAGCUGGUGUCCCAGCAGCAGCGUUCAGAGACCCACAAUACCGAGCAGGACUCUGCCCAACACAACCACCUCCACCAGGAUCUAUAGCACCUCCCCCUCAAUGUGCCCAAUGUGCACCUCCCCUCAACGUGCCCCACCAGAACCUUGUACCAUGUCCCUCUGCCUAAUGUAGCUCCUCCUCCUAACCUCCUAAAUUACCCCAGUACCCUACACCAGGACCUGUGGCACUUCCCCCAAAAACAGCACACCCCCACCCAAACCUCACCAAACCCGAUAAAGCAGGAUAUGAAGUACCUCUCCCUAAUAUAGCACCUCCCCCUAAAUGUUCCCAAACCCCCUUUCCUGUUGCCUCUUUCCCUGCCUGUACUAAAGGGGUUUGUUUUAGCAGUGUUGGAAUUUUCUUCCCACUUAGAACCACUGUGAAACACACAAUGCAUGCACAUACCCCUGGGAGCAAUGGUAUUGCAGACUGGAGGCCCAUUACUGAUGUAUCAAGUUUGUAUCAAGUGUCCCAGCUUCGUCCAUGGCAGGCUUUAUGAAUGACAUUAGUGCACCUCUUCUCCUGAUUCACAUUUACCAAAGGAACUGUACUGCACUUUCUUUUUCUCUUCGCUAGUGUUGUUUUCUGGGUUAUGUGUUUAACUUAUGGCUAUGCUCAGGGGUCUGCAUGGAGUGAGGAAUACGAUGUCCGCCUUUCACGUGCAAACCUUGCACAUGCAUGCACAUGCAGAUGCACACACACGCAAGCAUGCACGCACACACACACACACAUACAUAUACUUAUGCACAAUGAAGGAACAUGAGGACAUAGAGGGAUAUGUUGGGAGCUUUGCCCCUAAAAAUUCCCUGUCUUUGACCUGCCUGAGAUGCACAGUAUAGUUCAGGAGACAGGUGGGUUUGAGUUUAUGCAACUAUAAAUAAUAAUAAUAAUAAUAAUAAUGGCCAUGGUAAUCUCAUCCUCUGUUUUCCAUUUCAAGUUGGUGUCUUAUAAAUCCUUUAACAAAAUAUAUGUACUAUACCUCCUGUGGGGAGCUUUGCAUGAAUCGCCUCCAUUUGGGCUGUGUACCCUUUUGUAGUGAUGUGCAAAAUUGCCUCCUAACUGGGCCAUUGCCAUCUGAACUGCAGCCCCCCCAUACAAAAAAAGCACCCCAGUUGCACUGCAUUCUUAGAUCUUUCUCUUGUUUUCAUGUGGAUGCUGUUUCCGAAAGUAAUGCUGAAGUUUUGUCUCCUUUGUGCCUGUUUUAGCCAUUUGAUACAUGAUCACAGCCUUGGUCGUAGUGCAUUUUGACACACCUGAACUGUGAUGCAUGUCCAAGCUCUUGAACUUGAUGUGCAAAAUUUAAACUCUUUGUAAAGCUAUGACGAGAGGUCCACUGACCGAAAGCUUAGCUUGUUCUUAAAAUUUUUUUCAAAAUAUUCAAUGUGCAUGGAUCUUUUUGUUCUCAUCAGAAUUUAAACCCUCUACACUGGUCACAGUCCUUAGUUUCUUAGAAGCCUGUUUACCUGUCAGUUGAAUCAAAUGUGUCGUCAUCUUUUUAGCUGUACUUGGGAUGGUAUUUAUAAUUGUUAUGUAUGUAUCGUAGUUAUUUAUUUGAUCACACUACUUGUGUUGGUUUGACAAUGCACUGAAUCACUUUCUUUAAUGCUAUACAGAAAAUUCAAAAUUGGAGUAAUUUAUGAAAUAUAGAGCACGUGCUCUUAUAUUAAGGUUAAUAAAGGAAAAUGUUUUCUGAA